ACCGGGUGUGCCAGCAGCCAGGGCUCUCCCUCUGGGUCCCCUUCCAGAACGCCGCCACUGCGGUCACCAACCUCUACAAAGAGAGUGUGGAUGCCCAUCAGCGAAGCUUUGAUGUAGGAAUUCAGAUUGGCUAUCAGCGGCGGAAUAAGGAUGUCUUAGCUUGGGUUAAAAAACGCAGAAGAACUAUUCGUAGAGAAGACUUGAUCAGCUUCCUAUGUGGAAAAGUUCCUCCUCCAAGAAAUUCUAGAGCUCCCCCAAGACUGACUGUAGUAUCCCCUAAUCGAGCUACUUCAACAGAAACUAGCUCAUCUGUAGAGACUGAUUUGCAACCCUUCCGUGAAGCCAUAGCUCUGCAUG